AUGCUGUAUGUAGGACAGAUGAGACUCAAGAGUGAAGAGGCAAUGGGGUCUGGUGAGGAGGCAUUAGCCAUUGGGCAAUCACAUGACACUGCAAUUAUUACAAUCAUGGGUUUCAGAUUUGCUAGCUUAGUUCAUGCCAAGCAACUCAUCCAGAGGCCUUUUUCAAGCACAAAAGUUAUUCCGAAAGGAUAUUUAGCAGUGUAUGUGGGUGGUGAAAGCAGAUUGAAUAGAUUUGUGAUUCCUGUGGCAUACUUGAACCAACCUUCAUUCCAAGACUUUCUAAGUCAAGCUGAAGAGAAGUUCGGAUUCGACCAUCCAAUGGGAGCUCUUACAAUUCCGUGCUCUGAAGAUUCCUUCAUCGAUCUAAUUUCUCGCUUAAGCUCCUAG